UCCGCCUCCGAGAGGAUCCGUAAAUUUACUGUCAAACAGCGGGUCCUGAGCGGACCCAUGUCGGAUGCUCGAAGGUGGACGCGCCUUUUCAACGGUUGACUUGACUACAGCGCGUCAUCAAGAGCUGAUAUCAGUCGAGAAUAUUUUUUGCUGUGACACGGUUGUGUUGAACCCUCUGUUAAGAUGCCUUUUCAUCUAAUUGAAUUCCAAGAGAGCAAGGACAUUGCUGUUGUGCCAAAUGACUGGUAUGAUGAUGGGAUGGUGUACUGGCCCAGUUUUAAGAGCACUGAACGUGUGAAGAGGGCAGCUGCUAACAAGGAGAAGCAUGAGCCAAACUGGCCAAGAUACGAUGUAAAGAUUGUCAGAACUUGUGACAACUACAAAGACGCCAUGAGGCUAAUGAAUCAGUAUCAGACUGGCUGCAACACAUCUGACCUACAGUCUGACGCAGAUCAGGAGGGGGAGCUGCCGGAAAAAAGAUUCAGGAAGCCAGUCCAUCGUUUUGGGGACUCUGAUGACAGUGAGGAAGAAAAUGGUGACUUGGCAACUCUGAGGAUGCCUGGUGUAUCAGCUGAAGCCUCAAGCCAAUUGCACUGGCAGACUCCACCCUCUCGCCGGGUCCCUGGCAGCAGAGUAAAUACUCAACUUGGAGAAAACUGUCCAGCACCUGACUAUGGGGCAGGACACCAAACCCCUUUACCACCUCAACUCCCUGCACCCGCAUUUAACAUGCGCAGAGUUACUCAAGGAACGGCAGUCCCUCCACAACUCCCUCCACCCCCCGCAACAAGCCUCAACAUGCGGCCAACAGAGGAAGCCUCCCCAAACCUGACAUAUAGACCAACUUGGCGAGGUGGAAGAAUGGCUGAUACCAUUCCCUGUUCUGCGGCUGAGGUCCACAUCCUUAGCCUGCUGGAAACUAUUAAACACCAACAGGACCAGCUUGUGGCAAAGGUGAACUACCUCACCAGCAAGCUGAACAGCACCCCGGGGCCAGAUGUUGAGAUGCCAGAAAAUAUCCAGUUUCCCCUGGAACAAUUGGAGGCAGUGGAGGCAUUUGAAAUGUUCUUAAAGGAACCAUCAAAUGGCCCAGCUCGACAGAGAGUGAUUUCUUCUCUGGCCACCAUUGGAGGCCAGGAUGUAAAGAGGGUGACCUGGAACAUCCUGGGCAGGAUAUUCACAGAUGAGGUGUCUCAUCAAAUAAACUGGAAGGGGGUUAAUAACAAAAUGUCCUUCAAUAGGAUGACAACAAAAACCUUACUUUUCAGUGCUGUGAGGAAAAACACGAUUACACGGUCAGCCACGGAUGCAGAGGUCACCAAGCACACAAUCAGGUGGUUCAACCUGGCGGCAGACCGGGCAACGAGGAGACGUGCCCCGCCUCCAUCCACAGACAUAUAGAAGUGAUUAAACAAUAAAACAUUUUGAUUAAACCUUUAA